AUGCCUCCAUUAUCAACAAAUGUACCAGUACAGAAGGUCUCUACAGUUCAGACAGUACCAUCUCUUAACGAUGAUGGUAUAAAUGUCAUUCCAGAGCAAUCAAAUUCGCUAAACUUUUUCAAGUCAAGAUUUCCUGAUACAAAUCCAAAUAUGUUUGAUGAAGUUGGAUUCAGACAGAUACAGAACUCUGGAAAGAAUAUAUAUAAAGAUCCUCUUGGCAAAUCUCCAAGACAUAAUCAACUGUUUAAUGCGAGAAUCGGAUUUGGCAGCCAGUCUAAGUUUUAA